CCGAGUUUUUUUUGCCGUGUAUACGCGCGGGACGACGGCUGUAGAAUUCCCAUCUAUCGUCCGCCAGGAUUACUUAUUCCGCUGCCUCGACGCAGCUAGGGUAGCCUGCGGCCAUGCUGCCGAAAGUCGCCACUACCUUACUACAUUCUGGUUCUCGAGCAGCGACUGCUGUACAGAACCAGUCGCAUACUAUCAGAAACGUUCUUCAGCUCCAGUCGAAUUCUGGACCUAAUUCGAAUCGCGGCGGAAAUGGUCCCAGUUCAGGAGGUUCGAGAUGUAAUACUGGCAGUCGCAGCUACCAUGGGUCUGGCCGUGCCGUGACUCAGGCCAACCCAUUUGCGCUCAAUGAUGUCUCUAUUGCCCAGACAGAUGACAGCGAUGAACCUUUGCCGGUCAAGCGCGUGCCGGCGACGGCGACGACGACGACGACGACGAGACGUGCUAGGCGUCAUAGCACCAGCACCCCGCCCCUCGUCGCUGCUGAGCGACCCGAGUCCCUCGGUGUCUUCAAGGCUGUACAGCUCCAUGCACGGUCCCGGCAUGCUUUUGCUGCAGCACCGGUAGAGUCUCUAGUCACCACUCGUUCCAGGAGCAACUCGCUCUCUGCAAUAUCUGCUAGCGAUGGUACUCCCGAAGACCUCCCACCGCCAGUACCUCUAGUUCCUGAGGAUCAUGAUCCCAGUCCUCUCCCAGAGCCGCUGCUGUCACCCAAGCCCCAACCCGAUAUUUUUGUCACGGAGGACUACAAACGUCUCAUGGAUGCAAGGUCGCUCGACCCAAGCGCCGCGGCUACCGUUGUACUCAAUUUCCGUCAAACCACUAUCACUCCAACUAUCCAAGAGUUCAAUGCCGCCGUCGAAGCCCUCUUUCUCACACGGCGGCCUGGUGAACCUCUCACUCUUCUCCUCGAAACGUACAAUGAUAUGAUUCAGCGCGGUUUCGUUCCCAACUACCGGACAUACGUUACUCUCAUUCUCGCCCUCACGGACCGUGACAACGAGUUGCAGUGGGCCAUCGAGGGCAUUCAUCAACGCCAAAAGUGGAACGAACUUGGAAAUCCCACCAUCAAGUUCAACGCCAAGGAGGACCUCAACCAGCUUCGACUCUUCCGCAAUGAGGCCAAUCUUCCGUCGAUUCUUGCUCUCUUCCGCGCCAUCUCUGUCAUGAAGAUUCACCCCAGCAACCAGAUCCCCGUCUUCGUCUAUCGGAAUCUUUUACGAUCAUGUGCAUAUCACGGUGAUGAACCCGGUACGGUUGAUGGGGCGAUCCAAAUAUGGUCUCAUUUGGAGAAAAAUGCAGAGGCAAUACCUGCUAUCUGUUUUCAGUGGAUGAUCGCUGUCUACGGCAAAGCAAAAGAUCUUGCAGGUGUCCAGGAGGUCUUCAGGGAGUUCCGGAGGUUGGCCAAUGCCCACAAAAUUAUUUGGACGGAUAAAGAGGAUAACUCGGCGCGGAAAAACCUGAUAUAUGUCUGGAAUUCGGCGAUAACUGCCUAUUUCCAGUGCGGUGAGCCACACUUGGCUGUCGCUCUCCUGGAAGAGAUGCUAGAUGCCGCCGCGAACCAGACUCCGAAGGACGAAAUGAAAAUGGCACAUGGAGUGUACCAAGCACUUUUCUACGGUCAUCUGCCACCCCCGCCUUCGUCCUCGACAUUUUCAACCAUCAUACAAGGUUUCGUUACGGCCGGCGACAUAGAUUCGGCUUGGAACUGGUUCGAGCAAAUCGUUAAUCUUCCCCAUGGUCCCGUUGCAACACACAUAUCAACGCUCACUCCUACACGGCCAGACGCUUUCACCUGGCGUCUCAUGAUCGAAGCCCUGGUUCAGCAUAACCGUAUAGAGCAGUUGAAUGUGCUUUUUGCUCACUCUCUUAGCAUCGGCAAGCGGGAUAAAAUAGAGCUUCGUCUCGUUGAUCAAGGAUAUGUUUACGUUGCAAAUAUCCGCGAUAUCGAGCGCUUGGCGAAGGACCCAGGCAAUGAGGCGGCCAUUAAGCGACGACUGGAUACGCUCUCUACCCUUCAGGAUACGAAAUACCUUCCUUUUGACGGUUGGGACAGAGUAUGGAACUACUACCUGCAGUUUGGUUGGCUACGAGAAGCUAUCCAGCUUUGUAAGCGCCAUCUUCGCCACGUCCUUCAGACCGGCUAUGAUCCUCGUCCUGCUGUUACGAAGACUCAUCUCGUGAAUAUCACGACGGCUGUUUAUUCCAGGUACAAGGGCCAAAUUCCAUUCGAGGAUGCGCUUACACUCGCUCGGCUGGCUCCCAUAGUGCGGUACACAUAUCCAGUGGAUUACUCAACAUACCUCCUUCAGUCAUACAGCCUCCAGACAAUCGAUAUUCUAUCCAAAUUGGAGCUUUCCGACUGGAUCGUCGUCCUGCAGGCCGCGGCCAGUCUGGAAGUGAUGCCGUCAUCUGUUCCAAAGGCGUUCGUUCGAGACUAUGCAUUCAAGGGAUUACUGGACUUGUUGAGUGAUCUGACACGUUGCUCCCCUAACUUUGAACUUUCAGUCCUCACCAAGAUGUCUCCGUCGCUGGUGAAGACGGUCAUUUCGGUUGCACUGCAGGUGCAUGGAGAGGAAAAGGUGGAGAGCGUAUUCGAGUCACUGGGUCCCUCAUUUAUGGCGGAGCUCUCCAGAUAUCGAGAGUCGUUGACAUCGAGCGAAGUGAGCGAGGAUGACGCCAGUUUAGGGUUCUCUCUAGAGAGCCCGACGACGACGGCUACUACUUCGCCUAUGCUCGAAGAGACCGGACAGCCCCUCACAGAUCCAGCAUCUGUCUCAUGGAUAAACGAUAAACAGCUUUCUGACACGCUGCGAGAACUCCUUCGACUGGAGAACAACUCUGUGGACGAGGCGUUCCAAAUCUUCAUGGAAGCAAUCCAACAAAAUAAGCUCCCGUAUCGGUUCGUCACGGCAUCUUUGAUCACUGCUCUCGGGCGUGAGCGUCGAUUGGGAGAUAUGAAGCAUGUGUAUGACCUGGUGCAGGUGAGGGAGCCGCCGCUGGAGUCCACCAAUCCGUCGAAAUUCCAGUCUUGGAUUGCCAUUGAGGAUGCCAUGGUUCAUGCCCUGGCACAUAUGGGUGAGAUCGAAGCUGCUCAUGUGCACCGUAGGCGUAUUCUGGAGCAAGGGGCCGUUCCGUCGCCAGAUGCGUAUGGCGCUUUGAUCUACUACGUCAAGGAUACCACGGAUGACGCCUCUAACGCCCUUGCGCUCUUCCAUGAGUCCCAGCUCCGCGGUGUACGCGCCUCGCAAUAUCUGUAUAACAACAUCAUCUCCAAGGUGGCGAAAGCGAGAAAAGCCGAUCUGGCGUUGGAAUUGUUUACGCAGAUGAAGGCUUCGAGUAUUUCUGUGUCAUCUAUCACCUAUGGGGCUGUCAUUGGAGCGUGCGCGCGGGUUGGAGAUGUGGUGUCUGCGGAGACGCUGUUCAAGGAGAUGACGGAGCGGAGUUCGUUCAAGCCGCGAGUCCCUCCGUACAACACGAUGAUGCAGCUCUAUACGAUGACCAAGCCGAACAAGGAAAGGGCGUUUUAUUAUUAUGAAGAGAUGUUGAAGGCCGGCGUUCGUCCUUCGAGUUAUACUUACAAGUUGCUCAUCGAUGUGUAUAUGCUUGAUCCCCAUGAUAUCGUCAAGGCCGAAGAAGUCUUGGACAUUGUUCACAAGUCGAUGCACGCUCGUCUUGAGCCUAACCAUAUCGCGGCGAUGAUCAAUGCAUACGGAUGCAUACUCAAGGACUUGGACAAGGCGAUUGCCUUCUUCGAUCGGGUACCUAUGCUGUCCAGUAACCGUCUGUACGACGCCACGGUGUUCGAAGCGAUGAUCAACGUACUGGUUGUGCACCGUCGGUCGGAUCUUAUCCCCAAGUACCUCAAGAAGAUGGAGAUCGUGAGCGUGCACAUGACUGCGUACGUGGCGAAUGUGUUGAUCAGGGCGUACGCGGUCGUUGGUGAUAUCGAGAAGGCGAGGGAGGUGUUUGAGGGUAUGGCUGAUCCAGCGCAAGGAAUGGCUGCCAUGAAUAAUCAUGCGCCGUUUAAUCCUCUGGAAUCUAGGCCUGUGGCUGUCGGUACACCCGUUUACCGGGAGCCGUCUACGUGGGAAGCUAUGGUCCGCGCGGAAUUGGGAGAGGGACACCGGGACCGUGCGCUCGACCUUUUGGAGCGGUUAAAGCAAAGGCAAUUCCCGGAAGCAGUCUAUAAUCGGAUAAGUGGCAUAAUGGUCGACCACUCGUCACUUCCGCCUUGAUGCUCCGGUGUAGGAUUUUGAACUUGUUUGGUUGUUGCUUCAUUUUAUUCCCUCUUCGUCUCUACUUCAUGCUUGGUAAUCAACAAUGGUGUAUCAUAGUUUUGUAUAAGUAGACAUAGAUUAAAAGUAGCAUUAUAAGUUUGAUUAUUCGCGCAAUACAACCACUUCAUGAUCAGAC